AUGACCGAAGUCGUCAAUCUAGAAACGCAAAACGAUCCUCAUCCGCCCAAAUCCGCUCUUCGACGACCAGACUCUUCACCUCCGAAGCCUCACGUUCAGGUCGGUUUCGUCGAACCAAGGACUGACUCCACGGUCGAACCGGAAGCGUCUACACAAUCAGAGACAUCUGAUCUGUUGACGACAUCGCCGCUAUGGUCGAGGAAAUUGAUUUUGACGCUGGAUGGUGGUGGUAUAAGGGUGUAUUCUUCGCUUGUUAUUCUGCGGGCGCUGAUGAAAGAGAUCGAAAACAUAGAGAAGAACCUCAAGCCUGAAGCGCUCUCUAGCGCCGCGACCGACCGAAUAUCGCGAAAGGACAUUCCAGAUCAUGUUUUUGGUGAGGGAAAGUACCUGCCAUGCCACUAUUUCGACUACAUCGGAGGUACGAGCACGGGGGGGCUCAUUGCCAUCAUGCUUGGGAUGCUUGGGAUGAGCGUAGAUGAAUGCAUCGAUAAAUUCGAGAAGAAUCAGAGCGUGCCGCAGACCAAGGAGGACUCGCUGCUCUGGGAUUUUUUCAAGAUACACAAGUUCAGCUUCAAUUCGCCCUCUGCUAGCCUACUAGUGCCGCCCAAUUCCGGAAAGUUCAAGAAGGACGCUUUCCAGUGUCAAACACUAGCACUGUGUACGGUUAUGGACAAUCAGGAGGAUAAGCCAAAGCCAAAGCCCUACGCCUUCUGCUCGUACGAGGACUACUCGACUCUACAUGCUCCGCCGUCGAUAGAAGAAGUUGCCGAGGCCAUCACUGCUCGUCGGUCCUCUAAGCCCCGUCUUGGGCAAUAUUUCGACGGAAGCAAACAGCCUGAACUGCGGGAUCCGACAGUCGAAGUCAUGAAGGAAGUCCACGAACUGUUCAGCCUCCAUGACCCAUCUAUUGAACUGAUCCUUAGCUUUGGGUGGGACGACGACCACUCACCGCAACACUUCGUUGAAAGGCUCAGGCGCUCUCGAAAUAGAACGUUGGAGCCCAGCAAUGAGAUGAAACAUACCUACAAAAUGUAUCACAGAUUUGAUAUCCAUCUCGGGAUCUUCAAGAAGCACAUUUUCCGCAAAAUGGAGACUGCCACGACGAAGUGGCUGGAGGAACCUAAACAUAUGGAGGAGAUUCGCACUUACGCAAAUAUCCUUGUCGAGAGACGGCGAGGCCGGGCCCGCACUCCUCGCUGGGAAUCCUUUGCAUUAGGUGUACGCUAUUUCUGUCCCCACGAGGAAUGCAGUUUGAAGGGCCAUGCCCUCGAAAGUCGAGACGACUACUUUGAUCAUCUCAACACGGAGCACGCGCUCAUGAAGAAUAUUAUGAAGUCGAAGCUGGAAAAGUCGCGCCCAGUAAGAAAGGUGCGCUCCUUGAAGUCUAUGGGCAGGGGUGGCAACAGUGCUGAAAUGAAAUCGAGAGAACCCCCUACGAGUGCAGGUCCAGUGGAUCUCGAGGUGGAGUUGGAUAGAGGAAGGAAGUUUCAGUAG